AUGCAAAACGUAGAAAAUAAAAAAAUAAAAAUGAAAUUUAAAUUGAAUAAUAUUGAUAAAAAGAAUACUCUUAAUUUAAAUAAAGGAAAAAAUGAUAUAAAUUCAAGAUAUAAUUUGAAUUGUACUAAUAAUAACACUACACAGAAUAAUAUUAUAAGUAAUAAUAAAAGUUCAUUAGAAAAUUCUAAUUCUAAUAAUUUAAUCAACAAUAUAAAAAUAAAUAUAGUGAGUUCUAACAGUAAUAAUAAUAAUAAUAAUAAUAAUACUAAUAACAAUAUUAUUAGUAAUAAUAAUAAUAAUAGUAGUUUAAAUGGUAAUAGUAAUAGCAAUAAUAAUAACAGUAAUUUACUUAAUGGAAAUAAAUAUAUUUUAAAAAGUAAUUUAAAAAUAUAUUAUAAAAAUGAAAUAAUACCUUUUUCUUUUUUAUAUCAUAAAAUAAUAACUAUAUUAAAAUCUCAUUAUAAUAAUCAUAUAAGCAAUAAUCCAGUUGUAGCAAAUAAAGGAAUUUCAUUUUUCCAUCUAGAAAAUAUGCUAAUUAAUUUUGGCUUUAAAGGUGUUGAUAUAAAUAAUCAUUUUUUAUUAAGUUAUUUAGCAUCAUCAAAACAAAUUAAAAUUGAUUUAAAUGAAAAAAGAAUUUGUUACAUUAAUCCAUAUAUUGAUAUUACAAAUAUAACAUCUUUAUUAAAUAAAAUAAAUAAAUAUGGCUUUUUAUAUGGUUAUGAAAUCAAUGAUGAUUUAAUUAAUACCAACAAAGAAAUAUAUAAAUGGGUAAACACAUUACUGUUUGAAAAAAAAGUUAGAUGUAUACGAUCAAAUAAUAGCCAUUUAAGAGGAAAACUAAAAUGUAAAAACCUCCCAACUUUUUGUGAUAUUUAUUCAAAAAAUAAAUGUGAUAAUUGUUUUUACAACUUGAAAGGCUUUAUAUUUUUUCCACUUUCCUAUGAACAAAUUGAAAAAGAACGUUACACAAUUACAAACGAUAUAAAAACAUUAUGGGAUGAAAUUACUUUACCAAAUCUUGAUAAUAUUUUAAAAGAAUACAAAUUAAAAUCAACAAAUAAUCUUUUUUUGAAUGAUAAUAUUCAAAAAAGAAAAACUAAAGAUGAUAAAUUUGCACCCAUUCUUAAAAAAAUGAAAAGAAUUUACAAUACUCAUCUAUUUACUCCAGAUGAAAUUAAAAAUGAGUUUAUACAAAAAAAAUAA